AAUCCAAACGCGUUUGAAUGGAGCUAAAUGAAGUAUUCAAUGCAGGCCGUGGCUCCGUUUUAAAUGCUGAUGGAGAAGUAGAAAUGGAUGCUAGUGUUAUGGUGGGUUCUGAUUUAUCCGCCGGUGCUGUAACCGUUGUAAAGAACAUAGAACAUCCUAUUAGCUUGGCCCGUCUUGUUAUGGAAAAAACAGAUCAUGUUUUACUAGCCGGAGAUGGUGCAGAAAGGUUCGCUCGCGAACAAGGCGUUCCACUCUUGCCUUCUGGUUGCUUAGUUACCGAUCGGCGAAAGAGGAAUUGGGAAAAAGAAAAACUGGAAAUCGCCGGAGAGACUGUUGGCGCCCUGGCAAUAGACGAGUCAGGUCGUUUAGCUGCAGCGACCUCUACAGGCGGCAGAGCUAGGAAACUAGUCGGUCGUAGCAGUGAUACAUGUAUGAUAGGUAGUGGAACAUAUGCUGACGACAAUGUGGGGGCAGUUUCGACAACCGGUCAUGGUGAAACCGUGGCUAAAUUCUGUUUAGCUCAUGCUAUUAUAAGAGACAUGGAGUACGGAAAAACUGCACAGAAGGCAACAACUGAUUGUGUUCAGAGAAUGACAGAACGUUUACAUAACACAGCCGGUGCUAUCACCCUUUCCAAAGAUGGAGAUGUUGGAAUUGGGUUUAGCACAGAGCACAUGUCAUGGGCAUACAUAAAAGACAAUGAAUUGCAUUAUGGGGCAACGCUUAAUGAUGAUAAUGUAGAUCCCUUAUAAGAUAUCUAGUAAAUUAAGAAUGUGAGAUAUCAACAGUUGAACAACAAUUAUAAUCAAUAACUUUAUAUAUUGGUCAUCACAAAGUAUUCUGACAACAAUUAGGAAUAAUUUCUUUUUAAAUCAAAAAUAAUAUUGAUAUAACCAACUGUGUAACCAAAUAUCAUGUUCAAUGAAUGGGUUUACCAUAGUAUCUUUGAUUCUAAAAAUAAUUGACAAUCCUUUUUUUCCCAGAAAAGCAACAAAAGAUGUAAUUACUUCGCCGUUUGCAACCGUUUCCGUCAAGAUAUUUCAAUUAUCUUUGUUGCGUCCGAAAGUACGAAUUAAUAUUUUAGAAUUUCAGUCCCGUUAAGUAAUUAUUAGAUGAUUUUGGUUUCCUAUGUCAAUUUAAAACUAGUAUUCAAACUGCAAGGCCAUGCAGGUUUGCGCCGGUAUCAGUUGAUAAGGGACCUGUUCGCCUGACCUGAGAAAUUCCAUGGGUCAAUGGGGGUUAAUUAGAAGUAUUAGUUUAGAAAUUUCAUCUCGCCCAUUUAAGUGAUUAUAAUUUACAGUAGUUGCUUAAACGAGAUUCAGUAAACUGCAUUCGAUUAAGUUGUGAGGAGUCUCGAAAGAAAUGCUCUUAAUUUGAAUUGUAAGACAAACUAUUAAAUAAAUGAUUUAAUUGCCACAACCGAUCUAUUUAGUUACCAGACCAACACCCUGUUUACAACAUGAAUGUAAAUAAUAAAAUAUAUGCGAUGAUUGUGAAUUAUUA